GACGGGACGAAAGCAUUUACGAUUUCACUCUCGGAAUACUGCCCAAUCUCAAAAAUCGUUUGGUCGUCAUUCGAUUUCAUGACUGGGCCUGAAUUAAAAUUUGUUUGGUUAAUAAAAUCACCACCUAAACCAUUAACAUUUGAUUCCAAUUCAACAUCUGAUGGUUGUAGCAGUAUCUCUUCUUCAGUUUCUAAAGAUACAAGCAGCGCAAAUUAUGAAGAAAUAGAUGAUGUAUUAAAAAGUCAGUUGGUUAUAGGGUCUACACAAGAGCAGGAGAUUUGUGUAUUCUGUUUACGAUUACACAGAAAUGAUGAAUUACUAUGUGAAUCCUGCGAAGUUUCUUCCAUUGAUGGCGUCCAUUUUUCUCGGCAUGGACGACUAGUAUAUUUGGAUGAAUAUAUGGUAAAUAGUAAUUCUACGAUUGGGGCAACUUUAUCCACUGUAGUCGAUGAUGAUCAGUCCGGAUUGAAUACCAGCUGCACCUCAAAUUCACAACAAAUGGAAAAUGAUGAACCAAGUUAUGGUGGAGUUAUUGCCGAAGAAGAUAAUUGUUUAUUAAAGGUUGAGCAGAAUAGUGGAAAGAUAACUUUAAAAGAAAAGCAUAAUGAGGAUUCAAAGAUGGCCGAAACUACGGAAAGUGCCCAAUGUUAG